AUGACAUGGCAGCCCGCCAAGUAUAUGUACAAACACAAGAUCAAGUACGGCAUCGUCUCGACUUACAACGAAACCAUCUUUCUCAGGAUCGAACCGCGCAAAUCCAAUCCGAAAGAGUAUGGUCUUUAUUACUCGCCCAUCUUCCGCUACGAUACCCCGACUUGUGUGGACGAGGGGACCAACGAACACACAUUCGGUACUCGCUUCACAACUCUCUUUAUGUUACACAAGGUCGUCGACGAUGGAGGUGAAGGCUGGAGGCUGAAGGCGAGCGAUAUUCCGAAGCAAGAUGAUUGGUACUCUCGGACGGUUGCCGCCGACACUCCCUCAGCAGCUGUAGGGUCGCCCUACCUCGGCAAAACACCACUAAUACCCUCCGAAUCACCACCCUUACCCUCCGAAUCCAUGAUUCGGCGACUGCGUUCCGGGAAUCAGCUCUCAAAAGUUCUAACACCUAUCAAAGAAUCGCCCAUGAAAGCUGCGAAUGCGAUCAAAAAGACGGUAAAAGGGCUGAAAGACAACUUGAAGCGGUCCAGGGCACAGAACACAAACAAGAGCCCGUCACCGAAGCCCAGGUCUCCGCGCAACGUCAGCUUUGCAAAGACUCCUCUCCAAAGUGCCGAGAACUCCGAGGCUACAGAGUCAGGGCGCAGUUCUGAGGUGGCUGAUAUCGACGAUGGCGAUGAUAGCGAAUACAUCGAUGAUGGUUUUGACCUGUCUGACGAUACUGAUGGACCUGAUGAGUUUGAUGAAGCGGGAGCGCAGGCUGAGAACCUUGUUCGGCUGCAUAGACUGGACCCGAGUACACCAACGCCACUGAGUAGAAGUUGA